GGAUUGGGAAUGGAGAAUAUCAUGUUGGAUUUGGUAAUGUCUAAUCCCAUAAUUUGUGGGAUUAGGUAUUCCUUUGGAAUGGGAAUGGAUUUCAAAUCCUACAAACCAAAUAUUAGAAUAGGCAUUCCCAUGGAAUGUCCGUUCCAUUCCUAAGACCUAAUACCAUGUACCAAACAUAGCGUUAGUUGUGAAAUAGAUGGAUUCAGGAUCAAUGACCUUGCUAACCAACUUGAUUUACUGUACAAUUAGUAAUAAAUACUCUGUCUCAUUGAUUAUUUAUAUAUUUUAGAAUAAAGUUAAUUUUCAAAUGAUUUGGAUCUAUUUGCAUGCUAAAACUUUGUCCAUUGGUUUUUAUAAUCUUAAGAUUACCUAAGCAGUUCUAAUCUCAUUAGCAUCAACUUGAACUUAUUUCUUAGUUUAAUAUUCAUCUAGUACUGGAAGUUAUAAUAUUUCCACCAAUUGAAUUUUUGUUGGUAGCCAGUUGCGCUCAACAAAUAUUACUGUUAGACCUAUUUACAUGUUUAAGAUUUUUGAUCCGUGGGAUAUGUAACUAGGAGUAUUAUUUCCAUGGCGGGAAUGAGGGACCUACCAUUUUCUGGGAAUCUCAUUCAUACAGGAAUGGGUUACCAUUAUCACCAACUUGUUUGAUUAUGAUAAGUGGCUGGGAUAACAGCCUCCUUCUGGGCCUUCAAAGGCUAGUCCUUGGUCAAGAAAAGGAAUUUAUUUUUCCUUCAUUUUGCCGGUAAGAAAAAGGGUUCUAUGAUUACUUCCCAUGAAUUCAGGUGUUCCUGAGUUACUCUUAAAAUAUUGAACACAGAAUAAACAACCUUUCUUGCCUCUGAUCAUUUAGUUGAAGAAUAUUUUUUGUGAUUUGAACAAGUAUGCAUGCAUGGUUAGGAUAAAGAUCUGAAUAUGCAUGCAUGCAUGGUUAGGAUAAAUAUUUAUAAUGGAUGUGUGCCUGCUUUGAUCCAUUCAAAUGUGGUUCUAAAUUUUCAUGUUAAUAGAAUUGAAAUGAUUGUCAAAGUUUUGCUUUUACCUGUUAGUGCUGCCUUUUUUUUUUUUGGCUAUAUGCAGAAUCAUUUAUGGAGUUUAGUUAUGCGAAUCCCUUAGAUAAAUUACUCAUCUGGAAUGAAGUCAGAAAACAAGUUUUUUGUUAAAUGAUCUGAAUCUAGCAAGUGUGCUUUGCACCUUUUUUUUGGCUUGCGCUUCUUCAGUUUUAGAUUUAAGGAAUCAAAUAUGAUUCUAGUUUUUUUAUAAUAUCCUUCUUCUAUGACUUCAUUUGCAUUGAUUUAAUACGGAAUUUUUUAGGGAUUGGAGGUCCUCUUUAUAGAGAACAAAGAAAGAAUUGAUUCAAUUAGACUACUCUAAGCAGUUGAGACUAGGCUUUGUUGACUUGAGUUGUAACAUCUCAAAUUUUUUUAUAAAAUAAAUGUUAAAAUUGGGGAUGAAAAUUUGAGAAAUAUUAGAAUUUAGUGUGAUCAAUAUAUUUUAUUUUUGGAGAUUUUAAAUACAUAAAUGGAUUCCUUAUGUAAAGACGAGUUCGAUGACUGUAAUAUUGGGUAUGUUUCAUUUCAGAACAAAAUAAGUGAUGUUAAAUAUCUGUAGUAAUCGAGAAAAUAUAAUAAGUGUAAACUUUAGUGUGUCGUAGUUCACGUGUCAAAAGUGGGGUUUGUGUGUGAAUAUAAAGGAGACACGUGGCAAGCACGAAAAAACAGUGGAAGGAUUUGGAGGUGACAUGUGACAGCAUGAAAAAACAGUGUAUGUGUGUGUGUUUAAGGUGUAAACAAAGGCUAUAAAUAGGGAGUUUGACCUAAUUAAAGGGUGCUAAAGGGGAAGAAAAGAGAUGAGGAGAGAGAGAGGGGGAAGAAAGAAAGAAGAAGAAAGAGAAAGAAGGAAAGAGGAGAGAGAAAGAUAAAUCCGUGAAGCAUCAAAAUCAAUGAUUAACUGAAUUCUGAUUGAGAUGAAAUUUGUGUAUGUUUCUUCUAAGAUUGUGCUUAUCAAAUCCAUUAGUAUAUUUUUUUUAUUUGAGGUUGGGGGUAGUAUACAAUAUGAUUAUUUAUUCAAAUCUUUUUGCAGUAAGUGUCCUAUUAAUUAUUUUAAAAUUCAUAUUCCUAUUCACUAUUUUUGAUUGGGAUGGAAUUUUGUAAGUUUUGUUGAGCCGAUUUAUAUUUUGAGCUAAUUAAUUUGGGCUUGUUUGAUACAUGUACAAAGUGCACUUUGGACAUAUUUUGUGAAACGCUAUUAUGGCCCUACGUGAUGUGAUUGUGGCCUUGCGGGGUGUUAUUAGCGGUUAUGAGUUUUGAUUUAUGGCCAAAUGUCACUUGUGUUACCAUGAUGAACCGAGUAUGAAACUAUGCAUGUUGAAAGUUGAAUUAUGUGAUAUGACAUAUUUCAUUCAAGAUUCUGUAAUUUCCUAAUUAUUGAGUUAUUUGGUAUUCGAUCAUUUGUACCGUUAUCAUAGAGUAUAUUGUUUCCUAUCAUAUUAUAUAUUGCCCCUCUUAUUUAAUCUUUCGGGAGGAUUGUGGAGUAGAGUUUGUGAUUGAAAUAUUUGAAGAACUAGAAAUGAUAUAAAUUUUGUAUUAUAUAAAUUGGGAAAUGUAUUUGUAUUUAGAGAUUUGAUUAUCAAUUUAAUUUUUAUUAACAUAAUUAGAGUUCUGGCUAUUUGGAGAUAUUUUAUAGAAUUGUAACAAUUGAUUUAUCAGAUAACGCAUACGGAAAACUAGGGUGUUAUAUGAGUUGAGUUGAGUUGAAAAUGGAGCCUUUUAGCAGAGUGCAAAUACAUAGCAAGUCUUUUAGAAGCCAAAUAUUGGAUAGGAAGGGGAGGGUGGAAGGGGAGAGAGAGAAAGCAAAUUUUAGAGUUCACUGGUGAUUUCUCUGCUAGUUCUGAUGUUUCCUUAUUUUACUAUGCAUUCAGCGCUACUAGAAAUUAGAAGUUAAAAGCCAUAGCAAAGCCUCCAAGAAAGCAUGCAAAUGGCUUAAUAAUGGGAACUUUGUUUCCAUUUGGUUCUCAAAGUAUAUAAUCUGGUAAUGCAUUGAUGGUCUUGCUAUUGCAUGCAGGGCUCUCAUUUCGUACCACUGAAGAGGGCUUGAGAAAUGCUUUCCAAAAUUUUGGCCACCUCACAGAAGUCAAUCUGGUGAUGGAUAGAAUAGCCAAUAGACCUAGAGGCUUUGCUUUCCUUUGCUAUGCCACGGAAGCGGAAUCUAAAAAGGCAAUUGAGGGAAUGCAUGGGAAGUUUUUGGAUGGCAGGGUAAUAUUUGUUGAAGUUGCAAAACCAAG